UUUUUUUUUUUAGGCUGUGAUUGAAUCUUUAUAUUUGGAUGUGGUUUUAAGUCAAGUCACUAUUUGGUCACAGAGGUUGUCAAAAAGAAGCAGGUUUGAACUUAUUUAGGAAAGUGCAGGGUUUGGUAGGAGAGAAAGGGAGCCGAAGAGAUCCAAGCUCUUGUUUUAAAACUCACACCUUCCAUUAUGACUAAGUGUGCCAAGAAAUAUCGAAAAGGAGUCAGACUGAUGACCAUGGAAAUGGUUGAACAGGAUGACAAUGCAGUGGAUUCUAUUACAGAGAGAAGUGCUGGUCACCUUCCGAAUCAGCCAGGCCAAAGUCAGAUUUCCUCAGGAUCUGAGGUUUCUGUAGCUGCUUCCAGUGCUGGAAGAGGAUCUCCAGCUGUAACUCUAGUGCAGUUGCCUUCUGGUCAAACUGUUCAUGUCCAGGGUGUUAUUCAAGCCACACAGCCCUCAGUCAUUCAGUCACCACACAUGCAAGCUAUUCAGGUAGCAUCGAUUGCAGAUGAAGCUGCACAUUCAGAAGUGAUAACUGAUUCUCAAAAACGUAGGGAAAUACUUUCAAGAAGGCCUUCAUACCGAAAAAUUUUGAAUGAGCUCUCUUCAGAUGCUCCUGCAGUAUCGAAGAUUGAAGAAGAAGAGAAGUCAGAAGAUGAAGGAACGCCUUCUGGUAUUUCUGCAAUGGCCAUGCCAACCAGCCUGUAUCAUACUAACACAGGGCAAUACCUUACCAUAUCUCAAGGUGGUACAAUUCAGACUCUGACAAAUUCAGGAGCUCCUCAGCCAGGCGCUACCAUUGUGCAAUAUGCAGCACAGUCAUCUGAUGGCACGCAACAAUUUUUUGUUCCUGGAAGCCAAGUUGUUGUUCAAGCUGCCACUGGAGACAUGCCAGCUUACCAGAUUCGAACUCCUACUACUACCUUGCCUCAGGGAGUGGUUAUGGCAGCCUCACCAGGGACUUUGCAUAGCCCUCAGCAAAUGGCGGAAGAGGCAACACGCAAGAGAGAGCUGAGACUUUUGAAAAAUAGGGAAGCUGCUAAAGAAUGUCGACGUCGGAAGAAAGAAUACAUAAAAUGUCUGGAGAGUCGUGUUGCAGUGCUAGAAGUUCAGAACAAGAAACUUAUACAGGAGCUUGAAACCCUAAAAGACAUUUGUUCUUCCAAAACAGAUUAGUAAAAAUAUUUAUUAUACUGUGAACUAAGAUACGUCCAGUUGCUUUGUAAGACAAUACAUAGCCAACAUGACUUAUGGCUUUCUCUUUGUGUCAUUUAUAAUAUAUUCCAACUCCUAACAUUCCUGAAUGCUUUCCUGCUUUUUGUCAGUUCAUAGCUCUAAUUUCAGGUUUUUCAUACACCAUCCUUCUGUCUCCCAAGGAGCCAAAUGUUAAAAAAUAUAACGAAGUAAAAAAGUGCAUAAUUUCUAAGAGCUGUUUCUUUGCCAUAUAUUUACGUACUACUUUCUACAUGUUAUUGAGUGUCCUGCACAUUCAAACUAUUUUGCAAUUGUUUUAGAUGAAUCAUAAAGAUAAUGCAUCCAGUAAUACAAGAAAAUCAAACAACCCAAGGUAUCUCAGGAAAGAGUUUAUAAAGAAUGUUAUGAUUAUAUGUAUGUACUAGCAUACUAGUCUACAGAUGAUUUUAUGGCAUAUUUUUAUAUUAGUUGCUUUGUGGAAAAAAGUAUUGUAUUGCUGUCACUGAGUGCCAUGGUUAAAGAUAGUUUUUAAUAGAACCAUGUUGUUUAACCUG